UCCGCUUCCGUGUUGAUUCCCCGAGUCAGUCCCAUUCUGUACAUUGAGCCUCCUCUUCUCUGAGCAUUCGCGGAACCCUUAGCCUAGCAGUAGAUGGAGCAGCCUUAGCUGUGCUUCUCCGCUCUGUAAUGUCCUAUUCGCCCGAGUGCAGUGUCAUGUUGCUAUAGUGUUACUGUACAACUGUAUCGCUGAGCUGCUCGGGAUUUCAUCGCUUAAUCGAGUGGCUGGGGAACAUCUGAUCCGGAUUAGUGCCAUUUGUUUGUGUCUUCUGGGAUCUACAGAUAAUAAUCCUUACGAGACCUUUAUCUCUGCAGUGUAAAUAAUGGCCCAGGAGUCCGUCCCCUACACAGUCAGGCCCCCUGUUCCAUUGCAGGUGGGAGAUGUGAAGACUGAAAUUAGUCGGCCUGGUGUGUACGUCAUCGAUGUCACGUUUCCCAAAUAUCAGCCUGUUGAUGUUGAGGAGAUCACAUUUAAGAAUUAUUAUACAGCUUUUCUGACUGUUAAGAUUCAGCAAAAGAGGCCUUCAGAGACAGUGGCCUGUCCUGCUGUAUGGCACACAUGUAUCAGAAAUAUGCGACUUAUGCCAAAUCCACACACAGAGGAGGGAUCCCAGGACUAUGUGUCACUGCAGAGACACCAGAUGCUGUGUGAUACAGAUCAUGUCAUCUCUCUCCGACUGAUCCUAAGGCAGCCAUCUCCUGUCUGGCUAAACUUUAAUUUGGAAGAGUUGCAAAUAAAUCCGACUAAGAAACAGAGUCCACAAAAGAGGGUCUCAUGUUGGCUUUCUCACCUACCUCAAGAGGAGCAGCUGCAAAAUUUACACAAGGGCCUCCCAGAUCCUGACAAAGUAUCCAGUGAGGUGCAACAAAUGUGGGUGCUGACUGAAAUGAUGAGAGCCAAUCAGAGCACAGCAAGCAUUGGGAGGUUUGAUGUUGAUGGGUGUUAUGAUAUUAACCUUCUGUCAUACACAUGAAAUCACCAAGGCAUGGGCAUGAGCAUUACUGGAGUCUUUUAAAGGGAUUAAGCAUGACUUUGAACAACAAUAAGACUUUCCGCAUUGAUGAAUGUGAAAUCAAAAAGGCACCAUACAAACUUCCUUAAAGUUUGCGACCGAACAGUACUGAUACGAUGGAAUACAAGUAGAGAAGAACAAGAAUAAUGACGUACAUUUUAUCCAUCUGGUAUCUAUUUUAUCAGGGCAUCAACAACAGGCAGACCCACAUUUCAUAUAACCCAUACAUCAUGCACUACAAUUAUCUUUAACAUAGGUGGCAGAGCUUUCGAGCACAGAUCCUAGCCAGGAUUUUCUUCCUCCAGUAUGCUGAUGUAUGUGGAAUGACGACUGGCAGGCGAAAGUCUGACUUCACUCAGAAGGAAAUAAUCAGUUUAAUAGAGCAGAAAAUUAUGGAUGCUUGAAUAUAUUUGUGUCUCUAAAUAAUAGUGGAUGUUAAAUUAUUAUGUAUUAUGGCAAAUCACUAACUUAUUAAUUUUAUUGAGCCCCACACCUUCUGAUGCUAUAUUUAUUUGUAAUAAAAAUAAAUUGAUUUGUAUGUUU